UCUAAAAUUAUCACAGGUUGUUUUCGUUAUGCGCAAAAAAGGAAAGUAAAAAACGAAGGGAGUACAGCGAAAGCAGUUAGGAUUAAGGGGCAGAAAAGAAGUAAAAAAACCGAAUGCGGCGACCAUGAUGAACGUUGACAAGAAAGAAUCCGAUCGCAACCUUCCAGAACUUUCUCCACCGUCCGUGGAGAACCAUCCGCCGGCACCGGCAGCGACCCCGUCACGGCCACCACCGAAAGAGCCCACUGCGCCGCCGCAGAUGAAACAGACGCCGUCAACAACUGUCAUGAUUCCUUCUAUUGAUCCCAAUGCCCUCUUUAGCGGCGGCGGUAUUAGCUUUCUGACGGGAAACAAAAGUGCUAAAUUCAGCUACGGAUAUGCUAGUUUUAAGGGGAAACGGGCUUCCAUGGAGGACUUUUAUGAGACAAGGAUAUCAGAAGUCGAUGGUCAAAUGGUGGCAUUCUUUGGUGUUUUUGAUGGUCACGGUGGUUCAAGAACAGCAGAAUACCUGAAGAACAACCUCUUUAAGAAUUUGAGUGGUCAUCCUGAUUUUAUCAAAGAUACGAAGUCAGCUAUAGUUGAAGCAUUUAAGCAAACCGACACCGAUUACCUUAAUGAAGAAAAAGGCCAGCAAAAAGAUGCCGGUUCAACAGCAUCAACUGCUGUUCUUUUAGGUGAUAGAUUGGUUGUUGCAAAUGUGGGAGACUCUAGAGUCGUCGCUUGUAGAGAUGGCUCAGCUAUUCCUUUGUCCAUCGAUCACAAGCCUGACAGAUCUGAUGAGCGAGAAAGGAUAGAACAGGCUGGCGGUUUCAUCAUCUGGGCAGGUACAUGGCGUGUAGGUGGGGUCCUGGCUGUUUCUCGUGCAUUUGGAGAUAAACUGCUAAAGCCAUAUGUUGUGGCAGACCCAGAGAUUCAGGAAGAAGAAAUUGAUGGUGUAGAUUUUAUAAUAAUUGCCAGUGAUGGACUUUGGAAUGUCCUGUCUAACAAGGAUGCUGUGGCCAUCGUGCAGGACAUAAAAGAUGCUGAAGCAGCAUCACGUAAGCUUAUAGAAGAAGCUUAUUCAAGGGGGAGUUCUGACAACAUCACGUGUGUAGUUGUUCGAUUUGAGAGCGCAUGAAUGGGGACCUAUUAAGGUCUGCCUACCUUUCUUCACUUACAAACAUAUAAACUAAGCAAACACGGAACACCUUCUCCUCUGCUGUUUUAUGACAGACUUACUCAUUUUCUCCAGCAUUAAGAAUGAUGUAUGUCAAUAAUGCUACUUAACUCUGCAGAUAAAAGAUUCUGAAGGAGGAGGUAGGCCUUGUAACUAGCUUAUUUUUCCAACUUCGCCAUACUUCUAGUGAUGAUUAAGCUGGCCAUGUCACUUGGAGUUGUGGUCGUGGGGAUUUUUACUAAUGGUCUCUGCUUAUAGACUUGUAAAUUUACUUUCAAUUGUUGUGUGAUGACAAAGUGUAAAUCACGCUGGUAUACUUUUAGUUCUUAAUCGAAUGCUUUCUGACGUUGUAUUCACGCAAUAUUUUCAGUAGAAAACAGAAAUCAGAUAUUCCCUAAUUUUGGUUUUCUGCUAA